GCGACGGCCCGUGCCUGCCCCCGGGGGAGGUUGCACAAACCUUACUGCGUAGGUCGGGCUGCCUGCCCGCCUGGCCUGUGCUCCAGCCUGCCUCUUCCACUGGCCACUGCCUCCCCCCCGGGGCUGGCAUCCCUGCUCCCUGCCCUGGGUCCCAGACUGUGUCCUCCAUCUCCGCAGGGUCGGCGAGGGGCUGGGCUGGACACCAGGAUCCGCCCUCCCAUCACUGAGCUCCGCUCCUUCCUCAUUUUGCUGCCGAUUCUAGCCCCAAACAAAACAGGUUGAGCCUUUUUCCUCCCCUCGGCAGCUCCUCCUGGCUCGUGGCUGCCUUCUGAGUGCUGCAGACGGCGCCGGCCGGGAAGGGGGGCCUGGGCCAGCCCUGCCAGGACUGGGACGGUGCUCCUGGCGUACGGCCCUCCAUCAGGCCAGCCUGUGGCAGGAGAGCGAGCUUUGCCGUGGCAGACGCCUGAGAAUGAUGCCCCAGCUGCAGUUCAAAGAUGCCUUUUGGUGCAGGGACUUCACAGCCCACACAGGCUACGAGGUGCUGUUGCAGCGGCUGCUGGAUGGCAGGAAGAUGUGCAAGGACAUGGAGGAGCUGCUGAGGCAGAGGGCCCAGGCGGAGGAGCGGUACGGGAAGGAGCUGGUGCAGAUCGCAAGGAAGGCAGGCGGCCAGACGGAGAUCAACUCCCUGAGGGCCUCCUUUGACUCCUUGAAGCAGCAAAUGGAGAAUGUGGGCAGCUCACACAUCCAGCUGGCCCUGACCCUGCGCGAGGAGCUGCGGAGUCUCGAGGAGUUCCGGGAGAGGCAGAAGGAGCAGAGGAAGAAGUAUGAGGCCGUCAUGGACCGGGUCCAGAAGACCAAGCUGUCCCUCUACAAGAAGGCCAUGGAGGUGAGCGCCAGGGCCUGGGGCCACGGCCUUCCCUCGGGGCGCAGCGCAGGGCUCAGGUCCAAGAAGACAUACGAACAGAAGUGCCGGGACGCGGACGACGCCGAGCAGACCUUCGAGCGCAUUAGCGCCAACGGCCACCAGAAGCAGGUGGAGAAGAGCCAGAACAAAGCCAAGCAGUGCAGGGACUCAGCUGCCGAGGCAGAGCGGGUGUACAGGCAGAGCAUUGCGCAGCUGGAAAAGGUGCGGGCUGAGUGGGAGCAGGAGCACCGGAGCACCUGUGAGGCCUUCCAGCUGCAAGAGUUUGACCGGCUGACCAUUCUCCGCAAUGCACUUUGGGUACACAGCAACCAGCUCUCCAUGCAGUGUGUCAAGGACGAUGAGCUCUACGAGGAAGUGCGGCUGACACUAGAAGGCUGCAGCAUAGACGCCGACAUCGACGGCUUCAUCCAGGCCAAGAGCACUGGCACGGAGCCCCCGGCUCCGGUGCUCUACCAGAACUACUAUGACCGGGAGGUCACCCCGCUGACUGGCAGCCCCAGCAUCCAGCCGUCCUGUGGCAUGAUAAAGAGGUUCUCUGGACUGCUGCACGGAAGUCCCAAGACCACCUCGUUGGCAGCUUCUGCUGCCUCCACAGAGACCCUGACCCCCACCCCCGAGCGGAAUGAGGGUGUCUACGCAGCCAUCGCAGUGCAGGAGAUGCAGGGAAACUCGGCCUCACCAGCCCAGGAAUACCGUGCACUCUACGACUACACAGCGCAGAACCCAGAUGAGCUGGACCUCUCUGCGGGUGACAUCCUGGAGGUGAUCCUAGAAGGGGAGGAUGGCUGGUGGACCGUGGAGCGGAACGGGCAGCGUGGCUUCGUCCCUGGUUCCUACCUGGAGAAGCUUUGAGGAAGGGGCAGGAGCCCCCUCGGACCUGCCCUGCUGGUGGAGCCAGCAGUGCCCCACACUGUCCCAGCCUUGCUGGGGCCCAGAGCCGAGCAUCCCCGAGCCCCGAGCGGCAGCCUGUCUCCCAGGGAAUAAAGGAGUGCGUUCUGUUCUC